UUAAACUUUCCGAGAGACUGAAGCGACGGCUCCACUGAGGUUAGAAACAAGAUGAAUCACACCAGACGUAAGAAGCGUCUCGAUCCCUCUCUCUCUAGAACGGAUUCUUCUCUCUCGCCGGAAAUGCCCUCUCCGACCAAAUCUCCGGCGAUCAAUCCGGUGCGUGUUCGGUAUCUUCUCCUGCUCCUCUCUGUUUUCGCCGUCAUCUACCUCUUCUUCUUUUUCUAUGGCCCUCUCCGUUCCGCUCAGUUCCCGUCUAUCCCUCGCUCCCUGUCCGUGUACGCCACGCGCCGUCGUCACUUGCUUUUCUCGAUCGCUGCUUCGCAUGACUCCUGGCUCCGCCGUAGCUCUUACGUCCGCCUCUGGUAUUCUCCCAAAUCCACUCGCGCUCUGGUUUUCCUCGAUCGCGGUGGAUUUGAAUCCGAUCCGAGUCUUCCUCCUGUGAUCGUCUCCGAAGAUGUUUCCCGGUUUCCGUACACUUUUCCCGGCGGUCUCCGGUCGGCGAUCCGUGUGGCUCGUGUCGUGAAGGAGGCAGUGGAUCGCGGCGAUCUGGAUGUGCGGUGGUUCGUGUUCGGAGACGAUGAUACCUUGUUCUUCGUGGACAAUCUGUUGAGGGUACUGUCGAAGUACGAUUACCGUAAGUGGUAUUACGUGGGGAGUAACUCGGAGAGCUAUGAUCAGAACGUGAGAUAUUCGUUUGACAUGGCGUUCGGUGGAGGGGGAUUCGCCAUUAGCGCUUCGCUUGCUAGGGUUCUCGCUAAGGUUCUAGACUCUUGUUUGAUGAGGUAUUCACAUAUGUAUGGAAGCGAUUCCAGGAUCUUCUCCUGCUUGGCUGAGCUCGGUGUUGCAUUAACUCAUGAACCCGGGUUCCAUCAGAUCGAUAUAAGAGGAAAUCUAUUUGGAUUGUUAUGUGCGCACCCCCUAUCUCCAUUGGUAUCCCUUCAUCACUUGGAUGCAGUUGAUCCGAUUUUCCCUAAGUUGAACCGAUCCGAAGCCAUGGAUCAUCUUAUGGAAGCAGUCAAUGUAGAUUCCACAAGGAUUUUGCAGCAAAGUGUGUGUUAUGACCAAGCCAAUUCAUUGACCGUUUCAGUCGUUUGGGGAUACGCAAUUCAAGUGUAUGAAGGCAACAAACUCCUUCCCGAUCUCCUUUCCCUUCAGAAAACCUUUACUACAUGGAGGAGGGGAUCAAGAGUGCAAAGCAACUAUAUGUUCAACACGAGGGAUUAUCCUAGAGAUCCUUGUGAAAGACCACUGGUCUUUUUCUUAGAUGGCGUUGGAUCAGAUGGGUCUGGAGGAACAUGGAGUAACUAUACCCGCCAUGUUGUAGGGAAUUGCCGUAGAGCUAAAGUUAAGCUUCUAGAGCAGAUCAGAAUUCUGUCUCCUAAAAUGGAGCUUGACAUUGAACAGAUGAAGUCUCCUCGUCGUCACUGCUGCGACAUCUCACCAUCAUAUGACGCAUUGAUGGUCAUUAACGUUAGGGAAUGCAUGGGGGAUGAGAUAAUUGCUAUGAAGAGUUAGCAUUUGUCAUAGUGUGUAGUCCCCUCUGUGAAUCAGCGAAACAAAGCUUGAGCCGAUCCCGUGGGUCACUGUAACUCGUGAACUCAAUGGGGCCAAUCCAAAGGUUUUGACGAUUUACCUUCUCCUGUGGCUUCUUGUGACUAUCUAUGAUAAGGAGACGCCUAUAGUCAGAGGUUUUUCCUGAUAACUUCAACACGUUUGAUAGUUUUCACCCUCUUGUGUGUGUUUCUCUGCUUUGUAUUUGUGUUCUUGCUCUUGUUAAAUAUGUUCUUUUGUAAAACUUCCGGGAUUGGGAUCAUAGUUUGAUUGCAGAUUCUACUACUACCAUUGGAGAGAACUAAACCGUCUGUGUAGACAGGGGGAGCGUAGAAUAUUUUCUUUCGGGGGUUUGAUCUCUCCUAUGAGGGUUUUUCGGUUCUUCGGCCGGGAAGAGAUCUUCAUGCAGAGGCUCCAUCAAAAAUGUUCCGAGCUCCCUCUGAAAAUCUGGUAAUUCGAUCGACUUUGAAGCUAAUAGACAAUUUUUGUGUACAUUGUGUUCUGUCUUUGUACCAAGUUGUAGUAACAUACUUGUUUAACACGCAUGUUUUGCCUUAUUCAAAGCCUUUGGAUUCGGAUUCACAGAACAGUUGGAAUCCGUUACGUACUUGAUAUCGGAAUCUGUAUUAUUGAUUCAUGAAAGAAAACAUAGAUACCGCA